UUGGCUGUUUCCUUGCGGUCAUCUGAAUUAAAAUAUGGUCUCUUCUUCGGUCAAAAAUGGAAAGAAAUGAGAACGCUGCUGACUGGAACGUUCACAACAAGUAAAAUGAAACAAAUAUUUGAAAUUGUCAAUGAAACUGCAGAAAAUUUCGUGGAUUAUUUCAAAAAUAAAAACGAAUGUUUUAUUGAAAUUGAAAUGAAAGAUACUUUCACAAGAUUUGCCAACGACGUUAUUGCCACCACAGCUUUUGGCCUAAAAGUGGAUUCACUAAAAGAACCAAACAAUAAGUUCUUUUUGAUGGGCCAAAAAGUUACCAAUUUUGGUAAAUUGAUAACGUCUCUUAAGUUUGUGGUAUUUUUCACGGCACCCAAUUUAUAUAAGUUUUUCAGAAUAUCGAUAUUUGCAAGAGAUUUAACAGAAUAUUUCAAAAAUAUUAUUUAUGAAACAAUUCAACUGAGGGAAAAAAAAGGGAUUGUUAGACAGGAUGUGAUCAAUUUGCUUUUGGAGGCCAAAAGAGGAAUAAAACCUGAAAAACAAGAUACAGAUGAAGAUAAUCAAAGACUAUUAUCGAAUGACGAUAUCACUUCACAAGCAAUUAUUUUCUUCAUUGCUGGAUUCGAAACAAUUUCAACUACCUUAGGUUUUGCAACUUAUGAGUUAGCUGUCAAUAAGGAAAUUCAGGAAAAGCUAAGAGUAGAAAUUAUUGAGACCCAUAAAACCAACAAUUGCAAAUUGUCCUAUUACAGUUUGUUAAAAAUGACUUAUAUGGAUAUGGUGUUUUCAGAAGUUUUACGAAAAUGGCCUCCAGUUAUUACUGUUGACAGAGUAUGUACGAAGCCGUAUACAAUUGAACCCGCUAGACCAAACGAAAAACCUGUUCACCUGAAAGUUGGUGAUGUUUUAUGGCUUCCCAUGUACCCCCUUCAGAGAGACCCGAGGUAUUAUCCAAAUCCAGAAAAGUUUGAUCCAGAAAGAUUUUCCAGUGAAAAUAAAGACAAAAUUCAGCCAUACACUUACAUACCGUUUGGAUCUGGGCCAAGAAACUGUAUAGGUUCGAGAUUUGCAUUUUUAGAAGCAAAAGCUGCUAUUUACAAUUUGCUGCUGAAUUUUGAAAUCGUGCCUACCAAGAGAACACAAAUACCGUUGAAGUUAGCUGCACGUUCUCCAUUGCCUAAGGCAGAAAGAGGACAUUGGUUAGCUUUAAAAAGAUUGUAAUAUGUAUUUAAAUAAACAUGUAGUUCGAAUAUAAAGUUACCUUUAGUCGUGAGUUUCGGUUUGAUUUUGCACAAAAUUGGUUUUUGCUAUAUGAAAUAGAAUAGAGGUUGUUGAA